CCUUUUUUCUCUCCACCUUACGCUUACCACCUUCGGAUACUUCGGAAAAGUUUUCGUGUCUCUUUCUCUCUCCCUCUCUGAGCUUUCUUCGGUCUCUCAUCAAUGGCGGCUGCGUCGAGGAGGUUCCUGAGGAGAGAGACUAUCCCCGGUGGCGCCAACACCGUGAGGAAGCUCUUCUCCACCGUUGGAUCCCCUUCUUUCGCUCAGAGACUCCGAGAUCUUCCCAAGGAUUUCCCCUCCACCAAUGCCAAGCGCGACGCCUCUCUGCUUGUCGGAAAGACUCCUCUUGUUUUCCUCAACAAAGUGACCGAAGGAUGUGGGGCUUAUAUUGCAGCCAAGCAAGAAAUGUUCCAGCCAACUUCCAGUGUCAAAGACAGACCGGCAUUAGCCAUGAUAGCCGACGCAGAACAGAAAAACUUGAUCAUUCCUGGCAAGACAACUUUGAUAGAACCGACAUCUGGGAACAUGGGGAUAAGUAUGGCUUUCAUAGCGGCGAUGAAAGGGUACAGGAUGAUACUGACAAUGCCCUCUUACACCAGCCUGGAGAGGAGGGUGACGAUGAGGGCCUUCGGGGCUGAGCUCAUCCUCACCGAUCCAGCCAAAGGAAUGGGAGGAACCGUCAAGAAGGCGUAUGAACUCUUGGAGAAUACACCCGAUGCCCACAUGUUGCAGCAGUUCUCUAAUCCGGCCAAUACGCAGUCGCAUUUCGAGACCACUGGUCCUGAGAUAUGGGAAGACACUCUUGGAAAUGUUGACAUAUUCGUGAUGGGAAUCGGAAGUGGUGGUACCGUCACCGGUGUUGGGCAGUACCUCAAAUCUAAGAAUCCUAAUGUUAAGAUAUAUGGAGUGGAACCUGCAGAAAGCAACAUACUGAACGGUGGUAAACCGGGUCCUCACGCUAUCACGGGCAAUGGGGUUGGAUUUAAGCCGGAUAUCUUGGAAAUGGAUAUCCUGGAGAAGGUUCUCGAGGUUAGCAGUGAUGAUGCUGUAAAGAUGGCUAGAGAAUUGGCACUGAAGGAAGGUCUCAUGGUGGGGAUAUCGUCGGGUGCCAACACUGUAGCAGCUCUCAAACUGGCACAGAUGCCGGAGAACAGAGGCAAGCUCAUAGUGACUUUGCAUGCGAGUUUUGGGGAGAGAUACCUGUCGUCUGUGCUGUUCGAAGAGCUGAGAAAGGAAGCUGAGAAGAUGGAGCCUGUCUCUGUCGACUGAUCACUCUGCCCUCUUCUGGGUUUCUUGAAGCUGGCAGCUUCAACUCGUUUCUCUGCUCAACUCAAUAAAAAGAGAUGCGAAAAACUUUAUAUUAUAUUCCAUCUGUUGUUUUUUUUAAUGUGCUUGUUUAUAUAAUGUCAUUGUCCGUAUGUUCGAAUAAUAUUUCCUUGUUCUGAUCUUCA